AUGUAUAUAAUUUAUGUCAUUUCAGACAGUGGAUCUCGUUGGGAAAGACUUAAACUUGGUAUUCAAUCAAAAAUAAAUCGUUUUACAAAAUCAACUGAAGAUGUUUCAACAUUAGCUCUUACACAAAUGCCAAGAAGAAAUUCAAUAGAAACACAACCAAUAACAACAUCUAAUCGUCAUCUUGGUACUAAUGUUGGUCCAACACUUGAUCGUAUACGCUUACGUGAUAAAAUUCGUCGUGUUAAAUUAAAUUUAAAAACAACUUGGAGACAACGUUCUGAUUUAAAUGAAUCUGAUCAAUCAGAUAUUGAUAAUAAUGAUCAUUAUCGUGAUUCAUUACAUGAUGAUAUGAGUUCAUUUACUGGUCCAUCAAUGAAAUCUACAACACAUCAACUUGGUUUACAAGGUUCAUCAAAAUUAUGGUUUGGUAAAGAUUAUGCAAAUUUUUUACUUCGAGAUUUUCGUAAUCUUGAUCAACCAUUUCAAGAUCAAAUCGAUCGAAAUACAACACCACGUAUGCCAUGGCAUGAUAUUGGAGCUUUUGUAUAUGGUGCUUGCGCUCGAGAUUUAGCAAGACAUUUUAUUGAAAGAUGGAAUUUUGUAAAAAGACAAAAAACUAAAGAUAAUGAACGUUAUCCAUUUUUAUUACCAAAAACUUAUGGCAUCUAUACACCAUGUCCUAAACUUCUUUCGAAUACAUUUAAUUGUUCAACACAAGGAUUACGAAGUAUUGGUCGAUGGUCAACAGGUAGAAAUGAUACCGAAGAAUCUAUACAUUAUGCUUUUAUUGAUAUGAUAACUAAAGCUAAAUAUUAUAUUUAUAUUGAAAAUCAAUUUUUUGUUUCAUUAAUGGAUGAUUCAACUGUACGUAAUGGUAUAGCUGAAGCUUUAUUUAAACGAAUAUUACGUGCACAUCAAGAAAAAGAAACAUUUCGUGUUUAUUUUGUGAUGCCAUUAAUACCCGGUUUUGAAGGACAAUAUGGUACAUCGAAAGCUACAGCUUUACAAGCUAUAACUCAUUGGAAUUAUCGAUCAAUAUCUCAAGGUCAACAAUCAUUAUUAGCUCGUUUAGCAAAAGAAGUUGGUGAUCCACAUCGUUAUAUAUGUUUUUUUGGUUUACGAACAUGGUCAGAAAUGAAUGGACGUCUUGUAUCAGAAAUUGUUUAUGUACAUAGUAAAUUAGCCAUAGUUGAUGAUAAUCGUGUAUUAAUUGGAUCAGCAAAUAUAAAUGAUAGAAGUUUAGUUGGUGAUAGAGAUUCUGAAAUAUCAGUUCUAUUUGAAGAUACUGAAUUUGUACGUGGAAUGAUGAAUGGACAAAAUGUUCAAGUUGGAAAAUUUGCAAGUGGUCUACGUAAACGAUUAUUUCGAGAACAUUUAGGAGAUUUUGAUGGAAGACAAAUAAAUUAUCAAGAUCCUAUAUCAGAUUCAUUUUAUAAAGAUAUUUGGUUAUCUACAGCAGCAAGAAAUACAACAAUGUUUGAAAAGAUUUUUAAUUGUAUUCCCACCGAUUCGGCUUUUACAUUUUCUCAAUUGCGUGAAAUUCAAUCAGCUUCAAAACUUUGUGAAACUAAUCCUGAAGAAGCACGACGUUUACUUCAAUCAAUACGUGGCUAUUUGGUAUUAAUACCACAUAAAUUUCUUUCAAAAGAAUAUCUUGGACCACGAUUACCAGCUAAAGAAAUUUUAGCACCGACAUGGUUUUGGACAUAA